CGAUUCUUUCAGGAGUUCCACACGAGCAGACUCCCAGUUCACACCAGUACAGACCCGAGUCCUUCCACUGGAACCUGGACCGCAGCUGGAGCAGCAGCACCGCACACCCCGAGCCUUCCCUUCCCUCUGUACUGACUCCAGAACAGACAGGUGCCAUGGCGGAGCAUGUGCUCGUGAUUGGCAGUGGUGGGCGGGAGCAUGCGUUGGCGUGGAAGCUGGCGCAGUCUCCUCACGUCCAGAAGGUCCUUGUGGCCCCGGGUAACGCGGGCACGGCCGACUGCGGAAAGAUCUGCAACUCUGCUGUCAGUGUGAGUAAUCACUCUAUCCUGGCUCAGUUCUGUAAAGAUCAUAAUGUGGGACUGGUGGUUGUUGGCCCGGAGGUUCCUUUAGCUGCAGGUAUUGUGGAUGACCUGACGGCAGCAGGUGUGCCGUGCUUCGGGCCCUCAGCCAAGGCGGCCCAGCUGGAGGCCAGUAAAAGCUUCUCCAAGAGCUUCAUGGACCGUCACGGCAUCCCCACGGCCCGCUGGAGCUCCUUCACAGACCCUCAGGAGGCCUGCAGAUACAUUCGAGGGGCGGAUUUCCCAGCUCUGGUGGUGAAGGCCAGCGGCCUGGCUGCAGGGAAAGGAGUGAUUGUAGCGAAGGAUAAGGAUGAGGCCUGCCAGGCAGUACUGGACAUCAUGAAGGACAAGACGUUUGGCACAGCUGGUGAUACUGUGGUGGUGGAAGAACUGCUUGAAGGAGAGGAAGUCUCUUGUCUGUGUUUCAGUGAUGGGUCUACAGUAGCUGCUAUGCCUCCUGCUCAGGACCAUAAGAGGCUGCUGGAUGGAGAUCAGGGUCCGAAUACGGGGGGAAUGGGAGCGUACUGCCCCACCCCACAGGUAUCUGAGGAGAUGCUUCAGCAGAUCAGGACCACAGUUCUUCAGAAGACAGUAGACGGUAUGAAAGAAGAUGGAAUUCCAUAUGUGGGUGUUCUGUACGCCGGGCUGAUGUUAACUGAUCAGGGGCCGAAGGUGCUGGAGUUUAACUGCCGAUUCGGUGAUCCGGAGUGUCAGGUGCUGCUGCCGCUGCUGAAGAGUGAUCUGUACGAGGUGCUGAAGAACACGCUGGAGUCUAAACUGGCCUCAGAUCCUCCGCUGUGGUUGGACGACAGCGCUGCGGUCACUGUGGUGAUGGCCAGUGAGGGAUAUCCUGGAGUCUAUAAGAAGGGUGUGGAGAUCACAGGUCUGUCUCAGCUCACAGAGAUGGGACUCCAGGUGUUCCACGCCGGCACUGCCCUGAAAGAAGGAGGCGGAGUUGUGACCAGUGGUGGGCGUGUCCUAACUGUGACCGCAGUCCGGCCCACUUUAGAGAGCGCUUUACACAGCGCCAAUCGGGGCGUGGCAGCGGUGGGCUUCCCCAACGCCGUGUACCGCCGAGACAUCGGCCACCGAGCCAUCGCCUACCUCACCCGCACCAGAGGGCUGACGUAUAAGGACAGUGGAGUGGAUAUAGCUGCAGGGAACAAGCUGGUGGAUAUAAUCAAACCUCUGGCUAAAGCCACGUCUCGCUCAGGCUGCAGUGCUGAUCUCGGAGGCUUCGCUGGGCUGUUUGACCUGAAAGCUGCUGGAUUUGUUGAUCCGAUUCUCGUUUCUGGAACUGAUGGAGUUGGUACUAAACUGAAGAUUGCACAAGAUUGCAACGUCCACAACACUCUCGGACAGGACCUGGUGGCCAUGUGUGUGAAUGAUGUUCUGGCCCAGGGGGCGGAGCCUCUCUUCUUUCUGGACUAUUUCUCCUGUGGGCACUUGGAUGUGGGCGUGGCCUCAUCUGUGAUUGGUGGUAUUGUGGAGGGGUGUCAGAUGGCAGGAUGUGCUUUGUUAGGUGGAGAAACUGCAGAGAUGCCGGGAGUGUAUGGUGCUGGAGAGUAUGACCUGGCCGGGUUCUGUGUCGGAGCUGUAGAGCGGGGGUCUCUGCUGCCCAGGCUGGGGGAUAUUCAAGAGGGAGACCUGCUGAUUGGUGUAGCCUCCUCCGGGGUGCACAGUAACGGAUUCAGCCUGGUGAGGAAAGUCCUGGAGCGGGCGGGGCUCCAGUACAGCUCACCCGCCCCCUUCGGAUCACCAGGACAAACCAUGGGUGAGACGCUGCUCACACCAACCAAAAUCUACAGCCGCCUUCUCCAGCCCAUCCUGCGCAGUGGAACCGUUAAAGCCUACGCCCACAUUACAGGGGGCGGCCUCCUGGAGAACAUUCCCAGAGUUCUACCCAAAGAACUGGCUGUAGACCUGGAUGCGACUCGCUGGAGAAUUCCCUCGGUUUUCUCGUGGCUGCAGAAGGAAGGAGGACUCUCUGAGGAAGAGAUGGCUCGGACGUUUAACUGUGGGCUGGGAGCGGUGCUGGUGGUGGGAAAGCAGGACGCUCAGAGGGUCCUCAGACAGCUGCAGGCCCAGGAGGAGGCGUGGAUCGUUGGCUCGCUGAUGCACAAACUGCCUGGUGGAGAAGCUGUGGUGGUCAGAAACCUGUUAGACAGUCUGAAGGCUGGUCCUAAUCCCUCUCCUGAUACCAGUGUUCUUCAGAACGGAGCUUCCCACACAGAUUCCAGCUCCCGCAAGAGGACCAAGGUGGCUGUGCUGAUCUCUGGGACGGGCACCAACCUGCAGGCCCUGAUCGAGCAGACCAAGAAGCCAUCCAGCUCCGCUGAGAUUGUGGUGGUGAUCUCAAACCGGCCGGGGGUUCUGGGUCUGAAGAGAGCCUCCAUGGCUGGAAUUCAGACACGGGUGGUGGAUCAUAAGCUGUAUGGGAGUCGUGCUGAGUUUGACAGCACUAUAGACCGAGUGCUGGAGGAGUUCGGGGUGGAGGUGGUGUGUCUCGCCGGCUUCAUGAGAAUCCUCACCGGAAACUUCGUCAGAAAAUGGAACGGGAAGCUGCUGAACAUCCACCCGUCUCUGCUGCCGUCUUUUAAAGGAGUGAACGCACAGAAGCAGGCCCUGCAGGCAGGAGCUCGAGUCUCCGGCUGCACCGUGCACUUCGUCGCUGAGGAGGUGGAUGCUGGAGCUAUCAUAGCUCAGGAGGCAGUCCCUGUGCUGACCAAUGACACGGAGGAAAGCCUAUCGGAGCGCAUCCGGGAGGCGGAGCAUCGGGCGUUUCCCAGUGCGUUAGAACUGGUAUCCAGUGGAGCGGUCAGACUGGGGGAGGACGGACACCUCCUGUGGAGCCAGUCUGCGUAGAGUUCGGGCUGCGGCUAGCGUGAUGAAACCUGGUUUAGAUUAGAUCCAGUAUAAAUAAAUAAUUCCUCUGCCUGAAUUCUGAACUGAGCUUGUUUACAUCACUUACUGAGAGCACAAGUGACCUUUCAUUUCAUUCCAUUUCUUUUCAUCUCAUCUCAUUUCAUUUCAUUCUAUUAUUUAGCUGUUAGAAUGAUGUAGAAUGCUCAUUUGUCUAGUUUAAGAGGAAGUGUUAAAUGUUACAAGUAUUACUGUGGUUUUGUGUUAUUUCUGAACAUUCCAUUUUUCUAAUAUAAAC